UCUCAGUGGAUGGAAGAUUGGUUAUUGAUCUGAAGUACAAAUUUAUGGACGAUAAUGUUAGAAAUUAAGUCAAAACGAUACCAAAACAUUAGGUGUAGGCUUUAAUUUGUAACGUUAACCCCGAAAGGAGGUGAUUGCUAUUCUUGAACCCAAGCUUUUGAUUGGUUGCUGCCUGUUACGUUGUCAUGCGGGCGUGUGCGUUAUGCACGUCAACAAAGAAGAGAGAAGAGACAGAGACGAGAGAAGACUAAGCGUUACAGCAGAAGACAACAGAUAUGUGGAUUUAACCUGCAAUAACAGUAAAAUUACUGAGGUGAAAACCGAUCACUUGCUCCAGUGCCAGCUGAGACAUGGAUGCCUUCAAGCUGAUGAAGGAGCUGAGGAUAAAUUAUGAACAGGAGGUUUAUUAUCUCCCUAAAGAGUCGGGACUGAGCCUCAUCGAAUCCACCACAGAGGAUGACUGUCGGAUCUCGGCCAAGUGCAGAGAUGCCAAAGUGGAGGACCUGUGGAGUCUGACCAGCUUCUUCGGUUACAGUACGCAGACCUUUGUCCUGGCUGUUAACCUGCUGGACCGAUUCCUGGCCAUGAUGAGGAUCCAGCCAAAGCACCUGUCCUGCAUCAGCCUCAGCUGCUUCCACAUGGCAGCCAAAGUGACAGAGGAGGAGUGCAACCUGACCCCCACCGAUGAGCUCAUCCGCAUCGGACAGUGCAGGUUUACCGUGUCCGACCUCGGCCGCAUGGAGAAGAUCGUUGCAGAGAAGCUCAACUUCAAGUCCAAAGCCGUCACUGCUUUAACCUUUCUGCACUUGUACCACCAAAUCGCACUUUCACACUCCACAGACAGGAAGGAAACUCUGAGUCUGGAGAAGCUGGAAGCUCAGCUCAAAGCUUGUCUGUGCCGGAUCUCCUUCUCUAAAGCAAAGCCGUCCGUCCUAACCUUGUCUCUCCUGAGGCAGGAGAUCGAAGCCAUUCGGUCGGAGGAAAUGUUGGAAAUAGCUUAUCACAUCCAGAGACACUUAAAGAUUGCGGAUGGCGAGCUGCUACUAUGGAGCGAGCGCGUGGCUCUGUGUCUGUCGGACUACGCCUCCCCUGAAUGCAGCAAACCCAACCACAGGAAGCUGCAGUGGAUCGUGUCGCGGCGGACUGCCCAGAACCUGCACAGCUACCGCAGCGUACCUGAGCUGCCCACCAUCCCCGAGGGCUGCUGGGAUGAGAGCGAGAGUGAGGAUUCAUGUGAGGAUGUGAUGAGUUCAAGUGAGGAGUCUCUCAGCAGUUCUCUGGGCAGCGACGCUGAAGGGCCCUUCUUCCCUCUGCACCUCCGCUGCCAAAAACACAGCCAACACCUUCAUGCCUGACACCUCCGCUGUCUUCCUCCUCUAACUACCUGACAUCUUUUAAUUUAUUGUUUAAUAAGCUCCUGUGUUGGUGGAUAAAUGCACAAGUUCCUGGUAGAUUUGAGUUUGUAGAUGUUGGUGCAUGUUGAGAUGUCACAUUCAAGAUUUUAAGGAUAUACUAGAGAUGUUAGAUGAACUUUGGUUGACUCACUGCAGCAGCUGGUCGUUGUGAGCAGUUUCAUGUUGGAACUAUUUUCUUUCUACCGAUAGUUCAACAUGAAACUGCUCAUAACAAGGUCUGUAAAUUAUGUUGAGUAACGAUUUCUGGAAAGAGAUGUUGCUGUUGAGUUUUUCAAAUGUAUUAUUUAUUUUAUGGCACUUUGAGCACCACAAGCUGAGUGCCAUCUGGUUCCAUUAUGUUCCAAAAAGGCAAACGUCUCUACAGCCGAUAUCUCCAAAACUCAGCAACUCACACCAAAGCAAUCUAUGGAUGAAUAGCAUUAUCAAUAGCAUUUUUGAUUUUGGAUAUUGAACUGUCCCUUGAAGGUGCUGAGCUAGCAGACACUGCAGUCUGAUUAAAAAAACCCAAAACAAUUUCAGACCAGAAACAGUUCAUGUUGUCAACAAGAAGAUAAUUUGCCAAAAUGCGGUGUUUAUUUAUUAGAAUGUUUUUUUUUUUAACUUAUUCAUUUAAGACUUUUUUUUUUUGUAUUAUUAUCAAGGGGAAGGAGGUGUUUUCCUGAUGUACAGAAGCUGAGAGCAGACUCUUAUCUUAAGAUGACAAAUAAUGCUAUUUUUGGUGCUCAUAUUUAUAGUUUAAGAUUGUUAUUCAUAGAAAAAAAAACAAUGAUAAAGUCCAGCUACUAUCUUGGGAUCAAAAUUGUCAUUUUUGUCUUAUGUUGCAAAUUUGGUAAAACAGGCCUGAGAUUUCAACUGAAGCUUUAGAGUUUUGUUUAACUUAAGUUGACAAUGUUGAAAAAUGAACCUAAACAGAUUCAAUAAGGGAUUCGAAAGAAUUCGAUCAAACCCUAAUCAUGUUUUGCCCUUUUGUCACCUGCUUGUCUUGAGACAAAUGAACAGGAAUGGGACGGGAACGAGGUCUUCACGAGUUUGCUCGGUUCCUAGUAAUCAGGACCUGAGACCUGGCCUGGGCCAAUUCCAAACUAGAUUCAAUCUAAGCAGGUCUCUUGUUCUAUUUGGGCCUGUUUGGGUCUACCGCAUUUUUUUGAUUCGGUCUAAUUGUCCUCAAGUUUUUCAGAUCAGCCUCUUUGUUUUGAAAUUCAAUUUACGCACAGUCUGGUUUGGGUAGGUGUCCCACGGAUGUGUUAUGAAGACUUCUGACAUAAAAUACAAAAGUCAGUUAUUCUGAGAUAAAGACACAUCGAAGUCCCGAUCACCACUAAGCGGUCUGUAUUUCCUGUAGAACAGGGUAGAAAACAAAAUUUUAGCAUCCUUUGUCAUUUCUUGAGGUAAUUGCUGUUGGCCUCCUCUUCUAUAGUGACGUUUCAUUUGCACAGUUAGGGGGAAAAAAAAAUCUAAUUUCAAGUGUUAAAUGGGCAGACUGGAGGAUUAAGUUUGUGUCUGAUGGGAAAUGUAGGUGUCAGAAAUUCUGCACUGAGUGUUUGGAGCUCGUGUUCAGUCGGCCCUUUGAUGUCAGCACAGCGGCGUGAAGUGCCUUGCUCGAAGGCAGCGAGGAGAGAGAUCUGACCAGCUCUGAAACAGUUCGAGUUUCCCUUCAGAUUCAAACGCUCAAAACAUUUAACAAGUGUAUGUUUGUGGAUGUGUGUACAUAUGACCCUGGUUUAAAUUUAAAGUUGACAAUUUUAGGAUGUAGCUUAAAGUCUUUGGUGUUUGGAAACUGUUCAGAGAGAAUGUUGUAUGGAACAAAAUAAUGCUGACAGUGUCAAAAGUCUUAAAAAAAAAUGUAAAACUGUAAAUGAUGUACAAAAAAAUCUGUUAAUAGGUCUUUGUAGAUAUUAAGUUAUUCUCUUUCACCCAAAAUCUUAUAAAAAUAUAAUUUUUUUA